AUGUACAAAGUGGAUCUGCCUGUGGACCAGACUGUAGAACAGGCUGUGGAGAGGAGGAGAGCUGCAGAAACAGCACGCAAAAGCCGCGUCUUCAACACCCGGCUCCGUGUGAUGGGCCUCGACCUGGAUGCUCUGAACCAGCAAGUCCAGGAGAAAAAACAUCAGCAAGACAUGGAGAAACAACGGGAUCAAUCUUUCGAUAAGCUGAGAAAAUAUCAAGAUGAAGCACUGCUGCAGCAAAACAUGGAUGAAAAAGAGAAACGAGAGGCUUUGCAUAUUGAUCUGACCCAGUAUUGGGCCACUCAUCAGCGAGUGGAGGACUCUCGUGAUGCUGAUCUCAAAUGUGGCCUGAAGGAGGCGUUCAAGAGCACCAUUCCAGAGAGUCAGCUGGGGCCUGCCAGUAUGCAAAUCUUUCAGGGAGAGGGUGUCGGAGAGAAGCAAAUGAAGAGAGAACAAAUGAAAAGGACAGAAAGAGAUCUGCAAGUACAGAUGGAUGACAAUGAAAGAAGGCACAUGGCAGCCAAGCACAGAGAGAUGCUCCUGAGCAGAGAGCUGGUGCAUAAAGACCUAAGGGGUGUUCAACAAGCUGCACUAGAGGAGGAGUGUAAGAAAGCUGCCCGCCUUGCGCUCGACAACUACAAUAACGCUCUGGCUGUAGAGCGAGCAGAGAAAUUGAAGGAGCAACACCGGAAUGAGGAAAGGGAGAAUCUCGCAGAGAUGUGGCACACAAUGACAUCUGACAUGAUGACAGAGUGUGCAGAGGCAGCAGAGAGACAUGUGGGAGGAGGGAAGGCACCACAGGUUCUGCCAGACAGGUGGAAGGGGAUGAGUCCUGAGCAGCUGAGAACCAUCCACAGGGAGAGGGAAGAGCAGCGCCUUGAGAGACAGAGACAGCGUGAUGCUGAGAAGCUUCAGGAGGCAGCGUGGGACCUCCAGCUGCUGAAGCUAUCCAGAGAAGCAGAGGAGGAGGAGAGGAGGGCGGCAGACCUGAGGAGAGAGCAGAGGAUUCAGAUGGACCAGUACAACAUGCAGCUGACCAGAGAGCAGCAGGCACAUCAGGAGUACCUGAAUAAGAAGCUAUACACCAACAAACCUACCAAGGACUACUUUUAUCAAUUCAACACCAGCUCCCGAUGA